UUUCUCAGCUGGGUGGAUACUAGGCUUCAUCUAAAUGCAUUAUUUCUGGCCCGAUUCUCGGCCCGAAAUUAUACCACCGGGCCAUCACUGCACCACAAUCUAAACGUCGUCGGUUUUACCUACUCUCCAAGUUUCCAUUCCAAACUUAACAAACAGAACCAUCGGAAAUCGUUGACCACCAUUCCAUAGCCGACGACAAUGGCCACCCAACAACAAGAACAACAACGACGACGACCGCUGCUUUGCCACCUAAUAAACUUAGACACAAAAUUCUCACUCUUUCUACAUUCUGUUUUCAGUUCAUGCCUUCCUUCUUCCAUUUUUCUCCUCCUCGAACUUUCCGCUGAUUUCCGAUUCUCCUUCCCAAUCACCCUCUCCCUUUUUCUCUCUCCCCUAUCGCCUCCUUUCCUCCACUUCCUUUCCCCUCUCCUCCUCGGCCUCCUACUCGACCUCGCCCUCGUCGGUCUCAUCAAAGUCACUUUCCGUCGCUCUCGCCCUCCUUACAACCCAAACAUGUCCCCUGCUGUUUCCGCUGACAAUUUCUCUUUCCCUAGCGGCCACGCGUCUCGUGUGUUUUUCAUUGCUUCUUUGGUUUCUUUGUCUCAGACUCUUUUUGAAACUGCUCUUUUGGAGUUGAGAGUGCGCGGUGGUGGAUGGUUCAUUGAGAAGUGGGUUGUGGGAGAUGAGAGUAAAGUUAUUGAGAUUGUUGUGUUUGUUGUGAGUAUUUGGGCGGCCAUUACUGCUUUAUCUAGGGUUUUGCUUGGUAGGCAUUUUUUUCUUGAUGUUUUGGCUGGUGCUUGUUUGGGCCUUUUUGAAGGUUUCAUCGCGUUUCGAUUCCUGCGAUUUGAGAAAUUCUUGAGCCUCUUGCUAAAUCAAAGGGUUGGCCAAGGUAAAAGUUAAUUGCUGUGGAGUGGAAGUUGUAGGAGCUGCUUUAUCAUUGCAAGCUAUUGGCUGGGGAUUUUAAAUGCGCCAUACAUGCUAAGAACAUCGCAUAUAAUGUGCCAGCGACAAAAAAUCUCGCAUGAUUGGUUUGAGGAUCCCCAAACACUUUGAAUACUGAAACAUAUGCCACUUGGCACUAUCAUCUUCUUACUUACAAACUCAUACUCUAUAAUUGACAACUGCUUUUGUGAAUCAAAUAUUUAUUCCUAACUUAUUUGUAUAAUUCAUGGUUCACAUUGGUUCUGACUCUGUUUCACUUGAAUUCUAAUGAAUAUGGUAAUAAGUGCAGCAAAACUGGUCCAUUGGAUCUUUAAUUGUAAGUGAUUUUAGACAAAUGUUUAAUGGUAACUGCUAGAAGCUACCAUACACCGGCCAUGUGCAAAUCUGCUAAUGUCGGCGGUCUUCUUUCGUCUGCUAUGGUACUGAUGUAAAGACCAUAAGCUUGAGUCCGUUAGGACUCGGAACACUUUAUAACUGUUCUUGACUGGUGUGGAACUUGGUUUACUUGCUGUUUUCUGAUCUACCUCUGCUUCACUGGGAUCUCCUUUGCUUCUGUUGGCUGAAUAUUUGAAUGGCCUAACAAGACUUGGUGAAUUACUUCUGGCCUUGUCAAUUAUGAUGCUGAAACUCCCAAGUUUUGGUCAAUUAAAUCGUAUGUUGGUAGCAAUAUCCGACUGUUUGUGCCAAUAACUAUCUAUUUGAUUGCUGUAUGUUGAACUGGGUUCUUGUGGAAGCCAUUUAAAUUCUAAAAGCAUUUGCUGGAAUUUUACUUAAUUACAUUCAUAGAUGUAGAAUUGCUAGAGGAAGGGAUUCUGUAUCUGCCAAUUUGCAAUUAGCUUUCAGAAGUUGGCAAGUAUAAGAGGACAGAAAAUUUGGAGGACUGAUGUGAACUGUUGUUGCUUUCUUAACUGUUUGUGCAGUUGUUUUGGACAUUUGUAAUGUGGAGUCCAGCCGAUUGAUUGUCGGAAUUGGCGACUGCAUGGAUCUAGUUGUUAUCAAUUGCCAAUCUAACAGAGCAGUUAGCUCAAUAAUUAAUGCAACAUGUGCUUUUUUAGAUA